ACACUAUGACACCCUUAGUAUAGAAAAAGUGAACACUCGGCUGUGCUUUCGCCCGUUGUUGUGUGGAUAAGAGAGUUAGCUCACUGACCAAAUUACAGUCAUGAGUCCCUCAAAGUGACAAUGGACAGUAAAAACGAUCGAGUUUAAUAUCCAAAAUGUUUAUACACGUGCAUUAUAGGAGAUAAAGGGCUCACCAUAUCAUAAGGGCAAUUUGACAUGAACAAAACCAUCGCGCUUCCUGUACUUUCAAUGGCGUCGCAACCUACGUACCUGGUUAAGCUACAUUUUCGAUACUGCUCUAUUGCCAGCGUAGCAGUGUUGUUGCGGAGAAAGGGAGAUACUCACUUCCAAGUAAGAUAUGGCAGUGGCAUUCACACAUCAAGGAUGGUGACAUGGAUUCAGACCAUUUGAUACACAGGCAAAGGCAUGGUGCAUGAUAAAUGACCAUGAACGUAAUUAAGUCGAGCUCAACCUGUGUGUGGUCACUGCGUGGUUU